UACGGAAGCAAUGAAUGUCUUGGCACACACAAUGAAUGCUUCGGUGCUCAAGGGUUUCAACGGGUCUGAGCGGUGCCCUCGGGACACACGGAUUGCCCAGCUGGUAUUCCCUGCACUCUACACUGCCCUCUUCUUCACUGGCAUUUUGCUCAACAGCCUGGCCCUGUGGGUUUUCAUUCACAUCCCCAGCAACUCCACCUUCAUUGUCUACCUCAAAAACACACUGCUGGCCGAUCUGAUCAUGGCCGUGACGCUGCCCUUCAAGAUCCUCUCAGACGCACACCUGGGGCCAUGGCAGCUUCGGGCCUUCGUGUGCCGCUUCUCAGCCAUUAUCUUCUAUGCGACCAUGUACGUGGGCAUCAUCCUGCUGGGCCUCAUUGCCUUUGACCGGUGCCUCAAAAUCCUCAGGCCGUUUGGGAAAUUUUUUGUUCAACAACCGGGCUUUGCAAAGGCCAUCUCGGUUCUUGUCUGGGGGGUCCUAUACUCCCUCUCGCUGCCUAACAUUCUCCUGACCGACCAAGAGGCCACACCAGUCUCCGUUCAGAAAUGUGCCGCCCUCAAGGGGCCCCAAGGACUGAGAUGGCACCAGCUGGUGAAUGACAUUUCACAGGGCAUCUUCUGGUCAGUGCUGGCCCUCAUGCUGAUCUUCUACGUGGUGAUUGCCAAGAAAGUAUACGACUCUUACCGGAAGUCCAGAAGCAGGGACAGAAAGAACAAGAAGAAGGUAGAGGGCAAAGUCUUUGUAGUGGUGGCUGUGUUCUUUGUAUGCUUUGCCCCGUAUCAUUUUGCCCGGAUUCCCUACACCCGCAGUCAAACCAACAAAACGACAGACUGCAGACUGCAGCACCAACUCUACAUUGCCAAAGAGACCACCCUCUUCCUGGCAGCCACCAACAUCUGCAUGGACCCCUUGAUCUACAUAUUCUUGUGCAAGAAAUUCACAGAGAGGCUGCUGUGCUGGAGACGCAGGCGGCCCACCGUUUCCAGCAGCCAGACGGACAAUCUGACCCUCAGCUGACCAUUGGGGCCACUUCUUUUGACAGCUGGCUUGAAGGCAGAGCAAAGCAGUGGAAAGAAGUAUCUUGGACCAAAGGCUUGUGUGAUGCUGGUGAGCAAACAGGACCAGAACCUAAGCUUGAAUGCCACGUGGAACUGGUUGUAUGCA